UGGCCAUGCUACGGAAUGGGAUUAAAAAUCAGUGCCGACACCAGCUGGAGUUAGCUGUUCCAGCGACUGGAUUUUGCGCUUCUUCCCAGCCUCUCUGCUCUGAAUACUGCGCUGCCAUCUGAGCGUCGGAGCAGACAUCUCGUUAAGGAUAUUUCCAUCCGCUCGGUUCCGCCACAGAUCCCCGGUUGGUGAUACCUGCUGGCUGCGGGACAGAAUGAGAACCGGCCUCAGUGUCCUCCCGCAGCCCCAACCUGCCUCCCUCAGGCUUUCUGGCCUCUGCACGUUAACAGGCUAACCCUUUUCUGAGCACAAGCCUUUGGAUUCUGUCGACAUGACACAGUAUUUGAUGAAGAACACACACGAGGUUUCCUUCAGCUUAACUGGAACAAUGCGAAAGGAAGUGCGGCGGCGGAUCGAGCAGGUUUCCGACAACAACGAGCAGGAGCCGCUUCAUAGGGCGUCUGCUGGUGUCUGUCAGCUCCGUCCACAGAGGGCUUUACUGAUGCUUUUAUAGGAUUCUGUUGCCUCCGAUUUAGAAGACGAGACGAGAGUCACGAGUUGACACCAGAUGCACCAGUAAAGCCUGCGUGAAUGUUGAUGAAGCCACAUCCUGUGGUGACAGUGGGACUGGGGAUUUACUGGCGACCGGCGCCGCUCCUGUGGAAAGCACGGAGACAUGACGUGCACAAGAAAAAAGAGGAAACGCAGCUUUGACUUCUUUAAAGCCCCUGUCUUUUAACGGAAAGCUGCAGCAGCCUUCGCCUAACGGUUGUUCCAAAGAUUUCAGUCUUUGUUGUCUGUGCACCGUGAGCUGCUGCUGUUCUUAUUUACUAAUUGUUUCCAGCAUUCGUUGUGAGGGAACAGUCGGGUUGAUCGCUGGAGCCCGUAUUUCAUGUAGACUGCAACAGACGUCCAGUCUGCCACAGUCUGGAGGACAAGCAGCUCACAGCAGGCUCCCAGCGAGGAUUACUAGGCGAAACGAAAAAGUGCACCUACAAAAGAGCCUUGCUCGAAAUGGGGCAAUGUGGAUUGGAGUGUCCCUGUUCCUUGUGAACUGCAGAAAAGAAGCAACCACGAGGACGAAGGAACAGCUAGCAGACGGGGGAGGCGGUGGAGGAGUGGUGGCUUUGGUGUUUGAAGAAAAGGUAGUAUGGGUGGGGGGGCAUUCGGAAUGGCGAAUGGAAAUGAGACUAGUGAAGGGCCUUCAGGGCCCAUGGCAGCACUGGUGGCUACUGCAGGAGGUAUGGUUGCAGAGAGUUCUUCCUCAGCUGUCUCUACCUAUAUUAAACUGGUGCUUCUGGGGCUGAUCAUCUGUAUCAGCCUAGUUGGCAACCUGGUGGUGUCUCUGCUUGUGCUGCGGGACCGGACUCUACACAAGGCACCUUACUACUUCUUACUGGACCUGUGCCUGGCAGACACCAUUCGCUCAGCAAUCUGCUUCCCCUUUGUCCUGGUGUCUAUAAAGAAUGGUUCAGCAUGGACCUACAGUGUGCUGAGCUGCAAAGUGGUAGCUUUUAUGGCAGUGCUCUUCUGCUUUCAUGCAGCUUUCAUGCUUUUCUGUAUCAGCGUAACACGCUACAUGGCCAUUGCACACCACCGCUUUUACUCAAAGCGCAUGACAUUCUGGACAUGUGUGGCAGUGGUGUGCAUGGUGUGGACACUGUCUGUGGCGAUGGCUUUCCCUCCUGUUUUUGAUGUGGGAACCUACAAAUUCAUUCGUGAGGAGGACCAGUGCAUUUUUGAACAUCGCUACUUCAAGGCUAAUGAUACACUUGGCUUCAUGCUAAUGCUGGCUGUGCUAAUUCUAGCCACACAUGUUGUCUACAUGAAGUUACUCCUCUUUGAGUAUAAGCAUCGCAAGAUGAAGCCAGUCCAGAUGGUGCCAGCUAUCAGUCAGAACUGGACCUUCCAUGGGCCAGGGGCUACAGGCCAAGCAGCAGCCAACUGGAUUGCAGGCUUUGGUAGGGGCCCAAUGCCGCCCACUCUGCUGGGAAUCCGGCAGAACUUGCACAACCAGAACCGACGCCUGUUGGCUAUGGAGGAGUUCAAAGCGGAGAAGCAGCUUGGCAGGAUGUUCUACGUGAUCACACUGCUGUUCCUGGUGCUCUGGUCUCCCUACAUAGUGGCUUGCUAUUGGAGGGUGUUCGUCAAGGCUUGCACAAUACCACACCGGUACCUCUCCACCACUGUGUGGAUGAGUUUUGCCCAAGCUGGAGUCAACCCUAUUGUCUGUUUCUUCCUUAACAAAGACUUGAAGAAAGGGCUCCUUUCCCACCUACCAGCCUGCUGUAGGACUAAACCUCAUCUGCCGCGAGAGCCUUAUUGUGUCAUGUAACCAGAGAUGAUGACCUGAAGAUGAAGAAAAACGAGCGAGCAACCAACAGAUGUAUAUUGUGUUUGCUUGAGUUAUUGUGGCAUUUGAUGCAAUGCAAGCUACUUUUAAGCAGUGGGUGUAAACUAGCAAGUUUAGUGGUAAAAACACUGGAAUGGUAAGCAUGUACUUUCAUCUGCCAACCCAUUUAUAGCAAAACAUGCAAGUAAUAAUGCAGUCACUGUGGAAACCAAGCCAGAAAAAUAGCCACCAACAAACUACAUAAGCUGCUUCUCGAAGAAUCUGGAAAUGGCCCGUUAGAAAAGUACUGAAAAUAAAGGAUGUUCCAGUUGUUUAGGAGACAAAAAAAUCCUUAAGGAUAAAUAGGCAACUUUUAGUCUAAAUUUAAAUUUCAUUAACCUCAACAUGCUGGAUUAGUUUGCAAAGCCAGAUAAUGUUAUUUGUACAGCAACAGUGGAACGACUAUAGGAAGAGAGCAAGCAAGGGAGAGAUGCAAGAAUCACCCUCAAGCAGAUUCAAACCAGCAACUUUUCUGUUCAUGGUCUCUCACCUGUUUAAUGUCCAAAUUUGAAUACUUGACAACAUAAUCUAAAAACGUAUAGUUCUUGGAGUCCAUGAGCUUCUGACAUUACACUCCAUCCAAAGGUAUUCCUGUUCAUUCACUGUUGUUGUUUUUUAAAUCCAUCAUCUCAAAAUCAGAGGUGUGUCCAGUUUUCAAGUCAAGAGUCAGUUUUAACUGAAACGCAUUCUGUCACAUUCUGGCAUGAAAAGAAGCAUGAAAUAAUUCAUGUGUGAAUGUUGUAAAUGCCUGUUUUUUGUUUAUUUGUUCUUAUUUACAAUUGUUUACACUGUAGUUGAGUUGUAUGAAUCAGGUACUUACGAUGUACUGACUGGUUCCUGCUGGAAGGUAUAGUUGACAUCAUGAACACUAUACUUUUUCUGUGGUGAGUUGAUAAAUUUACUAAAGGCCCUGUAACCGCAGCAUUUAACAGUACUGACAGUUUGUAAUACAGUUGAUGCUCAAAUGUAGGUGGAAUAAAGGAACAUUAAAAAAUAACAACUUAUCUUUUCAGAGGAAAGUAGAAGUACUCGUGCAUAUUUGUAAGUUGAUGGUAUUGACAGGAUACAGUACUUGAGAACAACACUGAACUUGGGGGAUAAUGAUAUGUUUUUAUUGUAUAAUUAAAGAUGGAUAGGGAGAAAAUGGCUAACAUUACAUGUAUCUUGUUAAUUGUUAUUGUGUAAUUAUCAGAGUAAUUAACAUACCAUAGAAAGGCAUGUUCUUAAGUACACAGCUUAAUUGUUCUCUAUGCUGACAUACCUUCAGUGUAAUGCUGCAGUGUUAAUCCAACAUGCCUACGUGAAUAAAUGUUCUGUGGUAAGUAGUAGGUUUGGAUCCACUGGAAAAAUGUUUCUGUCACCAAAUUCCAUGACUGUGGGAGUUAAAUUUCUGGAGAUACUGAACCCUUGAAAUGGCUUCACAAUGGCUAACACAGAAAAAAUCUACUCCUGAAAACAAAUAAAACUGUCAGAAUUCUGCAAGAUAGUUAGAGAAAUUAGCUUUGGGUGCCAAAUAACAAAUAAGUAGACUUUUUAAAGAGAUAUGUGAUGGCACAGCAACAUUUUUUCCUGAAUUCUGUCUUAAUUGACAAGUACUGACACCUGAUAGUAAAUCCCAGUCGUGUUGCUGUGAGAGUUCCCAUCAUUUUUAGAUUAUUCUUACACACCAAAAUAAUGUCUUAAUGAGUAAACUAAAAGAAAGUUGUCCAAACAUUUUCCCGUACGGUACACUGUAGGCUGUCAUAUUUAACACUAAAAUGUCCAGUCCUUUUGUGCCCCAUAGUCUUCUAUCUUCCACUUUGCUUACAAUUAAGCACCAACAAGAGUCACGUAAAAAAUUGACUCAUAGGCUGUAUUAUAAAGUGCCACUGCUGUUUUAAAUGCUGUUACUGGCCCCCUAAUCAUUGUCAUUCCCUUAAAUUUCCGUUAUGUGAGCUCUCUUGUCUGUGAAUGGACAAAAUAUGGUGAUUUCUGCAUGAAGUGAGCUUGCCAACUUGCCAACUUGCCACAGAGUGUUCAUGGUGUAUAAGUGAGCAAAUAAGGGAGUGAUUUUGCACACAUCUGAGUAAUUUCAGUCCAACAGAAACUGAAAACUGUUAAAAAUCAGAGAAACAGGAGCUGCACUAGGCUGAAGGAGCGAACCAUGUUGAUGGAAUAAUAAACCAAAGUAAAACAGGUGCUGCAAAGUAAAUGUCAGCAUGUGAAGAAAGGAUGUGGUAUCACAACAGACAGGGGAAAGUCUCUGCAGGAUCUUUUGGUCUCCAAACACUCUUCUUGGCACAUUUUCAUUCUGUUUGUCAAUGAGGGAAAGUAAACUUCCAUCUGUGGCAGUGAUGUUACCCUAAAGCAUCAGCUUGUUGUUUGUCACUCAUGCAACAGAAAACAUACAGUAAUUAAUUCUUUUCAAGUUUACUGACAAAGCUUUGUUUGCUUAGGGUUUUUCUUAAGGAGAAAUUAUAAGUUAUAUCUAUAAGACAUUUUAAUAGAAGAGAGCUGCUGAGGCAAAUCUUUUCUAGAGGGACUAUGUAACUGUAUCUAGUGCUGAGGUAUCUUGUCAAAAGAUGUUUUCUUUCAAAGCCACAACUGCUCCAUGUGAAAAACAGUAAAUAUCAAAGAAAAUGUGAAGAUAUACAACCAAAGCACAGGCCAGGCUCUCUCCUCUGCACCAGAAAGGAGCUUUAGGCCACAACAAGAAGGGGCUGGCCACUAAACACUGUAUAACUCCCCUCAUCCACAUCCAUGUUCCAUCAGGAUUCUUUUGUUACUUCAGCAGCCGUAAAGGUGCUCAAUACCUUGGCAAUACUGCAGGAAAAUGAGCUCUGCCCAGAUCUGGCAGCUAUCUGCUCAUUUCUGACCAUUUGUUUACAGUAUGUUUAAAUUAUCACAUUUAAGGUCAAAAUUAUGAGAUGAAUUCAACAGUUUGACUUACUACAUCACACCCAUAAAACCUAAAUCAACAUUAUAACACAGGAGUCAGAGGACUGACUUAACUAACACCCAGACAGCCUGCAAUUUUUCCUGCAUCACAAGAUGUCAAUUUUGCAAUUCCUUUCAGGAAAGAUGAAAUAAGAAAACUGUGAGUUGAUGUUGUUUUAUCAUACAGUAGAGCCGAGGUAAAUUUCAACUUAAAUCAUCAUUGUGACAUUGUCAUUACACAAAGUACUAAAGGGACGAGGGUGCAGUGGAAGACACAUCUACUGCUUUGUUUUUGCACAAAUCUAGGUAAAUUGAUUAAACUGUGCUUCUUUUUAGUUUCUCUCUUAAAAUGAACUGUAAUGUGGAGUUCAGGUGGAAGGAGAAGGCAGGGCACAGAGAUUGUAAUUUGCCAGUGAAUGUCUGAAAACAUGACUCAGUUCCCAAGACUGAGGGCAAAUAGUGUGUGUGGGGUUUGAGCUGCCCCUUUGUCUCUGCCAUGGCAUAUGUGGCAUACCAAACAACAGCAUGCCACAGAGAAUGGCUAAUCUUGAUUUUGUUUUCAGAAUUAUGGCCUUACUCCAUACAAACGUAAAACCAAUGCAACAAAGAGAAGACACGUGUUUCUUCUUUAUGCGCUUUCAUUCAAAAGGAAACAGAACACUGUGGAACUAGUGAUGUUUGGAAGACCGUUAGCUUUUUCCAUCAAAAGCUAGUGAAACCGUGUGAGCAAAUGAAGGGGAGAAGGGAGCGCAUUCAAAACAGAAGUGACUUUUCUGUUGUGACUGAUUAUGUGAAUGAACACCGCUCUGGACUUUUGUGGAACUGUUUCUCAGUUGAUUUUCUCUGAGAUAUCAACCUGAGGGAUGAAGGUAAAUGACUGCACUUUCCAUUUCCAUCCUUGAGACGAAGCUAGAGAAAAAUGUGGAUUAUGGCUAAUGCUGGAGAGGCCUGAACGUGCUUUUUUAGUUGCCUCAGGCAAAUUAUCUUUUGUAAAUUUACUGUGACCUCUGUACUAUUUAGUGUGUAUUAUAUUGACAGCAAUCUAUCUUUGAAAUGCAAUGGAAAAGCUCCUGAUCAUAUUUUUAUUGUGUAUGCGUGCGCGUGCGCGUGUGUGUGUGUGUGUGUGUGUGUGUGUGUGUGUGUGUGUGUGUGUGUGUGUAUGCAUACGUGUGCAAGUGUGUUUGUAUUAGCAGGUGUGAACAGGUGUGUGUGUAAACUGAUGGUCACAUUGAGAAAACAGACAAGUGGGAGGUAAAAUACUGAUCCAAGAUAUAAUUCGUGAAAAUGUUUUCCUCGGUAUUUCUCAUGUUGAUCAUUUUCCUGAGGUGAAUGUGAUUUCAAACCAAUGAAGUUUACGCUACGCCCCUUUUUUAAACAUUUAAUAGAUUAUUAUUAAUUGGAAUGGAUUUGUUUUGUACAUACUGAAGGAAAAUGGAGGCAAAACUAUUUCAGAUAAAGCAUCACAGGCCAAAUGUGGUUACUUACAGUCACCUCUUACUGAAUGUUUAUUAUUAACACAUAAAAAAUAAAGGAUGCCAAACUAUAAUUUUCAUGAUGAUAGAUAAUCAAGAAUUGCAUAUGCAAACACCUGCCAGUUUCACAUUAAAAUCAAAUGGUUCUUCUCUUUAAUAGUAGAGUAAGUGAUUCUAAUGUAUACAGUUUUUCUAUUCUGUUCAGCAAAUUUCUCCUCAUAGUCUGCUGGUGUAUGUUCGGGGGCGGCUGUGGCUCAGAGCGGGUCAUCCAAUGGUUGAAGGGUCAGCGGUUCGAUUCCCGCUCUGUCCUAGUCAUGUGCUGUUGUGAUCCUUGGGCAAGACACUUUACCCACCUUGCCUCCAGUGCAGCUAAUCACACUGGAGUAUGAAUGUUGGUGGUGGUCGGAGGCCGGAGGCGUGGAUUGUCAGCCACGCUUCUGUCAGUCUGCCCCAAGGCAGCUGUGGCUACAAAUGUAGUUUGCCACCACCAGAGUGAGAAUGUGUGAGUGAAUGAAUAAUGGACUCAUUGUGAAGCGCUUUGAGUGCCUUGAAAAGGGCUAUAUAAAUCUAAUCCAUUAUUAUUAUUCUUAUGUUCUAUAAAAAUAUCCAGGCUCUGUAAAAGGAAAACAAAGUGGUUGAAGCCGAUCGAUGUGACGCUAUUCUAGUGUGUCCUGUGCAUACACAAAGGGGGGGAAUGCAGUGUUACCAAGAGUGAUCCUAAACCUGACCCAUGCUAGCUAUCUAAAUAUGCUCACUAUCUAAAUAUCAACACUCUUUUUCCAGAAUCACAGGCCUUAAAAAUGUAAAUCCUUCUGCUUGGGCCAGUAAUAAUAACAAUGCGCUGUCCCAUGUAAUUACAUAGAUCUUGGAAAGCCUAGAGUAUCAGGAUACAUGAAUCGUCAGAUGAUCAGACAGGUUUUGCAAAAAUUGCGUGGAGGGAAAAUGCAAAGUUGAACCACACAAUGAUGACCGUUUAUAGACCCUCCUGUUUCAGCUUUGACCCAAUUUACUUAAGUAAUGUGCAAAAAGUUUUUUCCACAUCAGCGAAGGAUUAUUGCUGAUGUUUGUGGUAGACUCACAUGUACAUUUGAUCUUCAAAUAAGUGGUUGUGGUUAACCUGGAUAAGGUGUAUAUUUCUAACCUGACUGAUCUUCUCACUGUUUGUGUUUUGUUGUAAUAAUGUUGCCAUUCUUAGAAACUAAGAAGUAGUCCAUAGAAAUUAAAUUUCUAUUUACUUAGUAAGUAGGGAGCAAUAAAUUGGAAUUACCCUGAAAGGCUUGUCUCAAAUACUGGCUCUAUAAUGGCCUGGGCACAUCAGAAAUUUGCAGAGCAUGAAUCUUUUCUGCUGUAUUAAAGCAGCAUUAGGAACUUAGUGUCAAGCUAGUUUAAGAAGAGAAAAAAUCAGCACUAUUACGAGUUGCAAUCUGCAAGUUGAGUGUGGUCCUGUUAUGCACAAACUGAGCACACCAAGGCCAUGUGCCUGCUUUUAAUACAAGAUCUAGAUUGGGACCUGUGUUGCAUGCAUUUUUGUGACUGCUUGUAGGUUUCUAUUUGCGAUUUCACCACGGACCUAAAGGAGGUCAAAGUCUUCAAAAAUCUCCAUCAACAUGCCUGGGAUGACUCAAUCGCCAGGUCAAAGAUUAUCAUCCAUGAUGAGAGGUGGAUCCACUGCUACGACCCACAGAACAAACGGCAGUUUUUAGUAGAAGGGCUCACAGUCUGCAUAACUGGUCAGGUCAGGAAUACGCCAAAAGCAUGCUUAUCAUUUUUCUUGACAUUCAAGGGGUUAUGCACUGUGUAUUCGUCACUCAGGGUCAAGCAGUCAACACUGAGUUCUACUGUCACAUCCUGAGGCAUCAGAGUGAGAACAUUUGGUGCCAAGGAUCUGAAGUGUGAUGUGAUGGCACGGCAGGGGAGCACUGUCAACAACCACAACAAAACCAGCCUGUCACUUUGCUGACUCAUACACUAAAUUUUAAUUGACACAUAUUUAUUCAUUAAGAAAUCAUCGACUUAAACGUAAAAUGAUUAAAUUAACUUUCCAAGGUUUUUCUCCUGAUGUUUGUGUGUACAGACAGCAAAAUUUAGAAGUUUAAUUACUGUAAGUAUUGAUAAAUAUAUUAUGAUAUACUGAUAAUCUGAUGCCUAACUUGACUUAAUAGCUGUUUUUAUUAUCAGAACUGUUUCAAAUAAUGCAACAUACUUGCCAUUCAAUUUAUAUCUUGUAAGACAACAAUAAAUAACUUGGAACAAAGUCCAACCUGAUCAUAUGAAUGACGAAUGUGUAUUAAUAGUGCACCUCUAAUUAGGUCUGUGCUGGUUCACCCAGCUAUUAAUAUUGCAUGUCCUGUAGGCCAGUGGUUCCCAACCUGUUUGGCUUGGAGCCCCCCCUAUAAGCUGCACCCCAGCCCCAGCGCAUCACAGCCUCAGAGCAGACAAAGCUUCGUGCCCCUCCUCAGAUCUCUGGCGCACCCCCUGGGGGGGUGCGGACCCCAGGUUGGGAACCACUGCUGGAGGCUAUAAUGCAAAAAAAGAGUUUGUAGCAAAAAUUAACAAAUGUUUAUUUUCUGCAUUAAUGCAUGCAAUUUUUUUGUGUAAAUUUCUCUGAACAUUUGUGCACUGAGUCUAACAGUUAAACCUUGGAAAUGAAUACACCUGCAGCAGGACUUGG